AAUACCAUUGGUCUAGCAUUAUUUCAUAAGAAACCUAAUGGAAUUCCAAAGUGAAAUGCAGGCAGCAAAACUGCUAAAAGCUCAUAGCCACAUAUGGAAUCAUAUAUUCAAUUUCAUAAACUCUAUGUCUCUUAAAUGUGCUGUUGAAUUAGGCAUACCUGAUGCCAUUCACAAUUAUGGCCAACCCAUGCCACUCUCACAACUCAUAGCUUCACUACCAAUCCACCCAUCGAAAUCCUCCUCAAUCCAACGCUUGAUGAGAAUCUUGAUCCAUUCCGGAAUCUUCGCCACGAAGAAUGUAGCCAAGGAUGACCACCGCGAAGUUGGGUAUGUGUUAACUGAUUCAUCCAUGCUUCUGCUUAAGGACAAUCCCUUAAGUGUGACACCCUUCUUACUUGCCAUGCUUGAUCCAAUAUUUACAAAACCAUGGCAUAAAUUGUCCACAUGGUUCCAAAGUAAUAACAAGCCGACACCAUUUGAAACAGAACAUGAGGAAACGCUUUGGGGUUAUGCUUGCCAUGAGCCUAAACUUAAUGAAGUUUUCAAUGAUGCCAUGGCAAGUGAUGCUCGAUUUGUUAGCAAGUUGUUAGUUGAUGACAAGUGCAAGGGUGUGUUUGAGGGUUUGGAAUCGUUGGUUGAUGUUGGUGGAGGCACUGGAACUGUUGCCAAGGCCAUUGCCAAGUCAUUCCCACAGUUGGAUUGCACUGUAUUUGACCUUCCACAUGUUGUUGCUGAGUUGGAAGGAAGUGACAACGUUAAAUAUAUUGGAGGGGACAUGUUUGAGGCUGUUCCUCCCUCUGAUGCCAUCUUGUUGAAGUCGAUUUUGCAUGACUGGAAUGACGAAGAAUGUUUACACAUAUUGAAAAAUUGCAAGGAAGCAAUCAUGAGCAAAGGCAAAGGAGGGAAGGUUAUUAUCAUAGACAUGGUAAUAAUGGAAGAUGAGAAAAAAGGUAAUGAUGAUGAUAAGUUUGUCGAAACACAACUCUUCUUUGACAUGCUCAUGAUGGUGUUGCUCACAGGAAAAGAGAGAAAUGAGAAAGAGUGGGCCAAAUUAAUAUUUUCUGCUGGAUUUAAUAACUACAAAAUAACUCCAAUUUUAGGAUUAAGGUCCCUCAUUGAGAUAUAUCCAUAGCAAACUUAUCACAAUAACAGAAGAGAACAAUGAUGUCACGACGCUAUUUCAUAUAUCCUCGUUUAAUUAUUUUAUUGUCAAAAUUGUAAUUUAGUUUGUGUCUUAAUUAAAGGGAACCUAUAAUGUGUGUUACAAUAAAGUUGUUAAGGGAAGGGCUCUUUACUGAAAAGUACCAAUAAAGUUUCAUGUCAAUGUUAGAAAU